AUGCUGUCAAUACGCGCCGCGACGCUCGCUCGUCGUGUGCCCAUCCUCAGUCGUCAAAUCGUCCCUACCAGGGCAUAUGCCACCGAACCCUCUGCCAACCCUGCAUCGAGCUUCUACAAGACUUUUUCGCGACCUAUAGCCAAGGUCAUGAUUCUCGCCGUCUUCACCUACCAGGUCGCGUAUUGGUCCUGGAUCAAGCUCGAGGCCGACGAGGCGCGCGAAAAGAUUGAUGCCGAGAUUGAAACUCUGGAAAAGAAAGUAGAAGAAUACAAGGAGGCCAAGGCUGCUGGUAAAAGUAGCUCUAAAUAG